AAGGACCUUAUUAACCUCGUGAUAGGAUCCAAAUCCAGUUUAGUGAUCGUAUGGCUUAUAUUCCCCGUCGACUAGGUACUCUAAGCUGUUUGGAACACACCCCAGUUAUUUUGCUACGUUAACUGGAACUGACAUCAGACUCCACUGACAAAAUGCCUUACCACGUUCAUGUACUGAUUCUGUUGUUAUGCCUGUAUUCGGUUCAAAUGAGAGCAUUCCCGUAUCAACCUAGCUACCAAAACGAUGGGAUGCCAAUAGUCUACAGAAUGCCCAAGCGCCAUUCAAUGCAACUCAAAGUAUUCAUCGAAUGUCGAAGGGAUUGUUCAAACAAAUGUAACCACAGCCUUUUUGCAUUCCUUUCCCACGAAAAUGAAUGCUUCACCUGCCUUCUCGAAUGUAUGUCCGCUUUCAUGCAACAAGCCGAAAAAGUUGGGAUCCAUUUUAGUCAGAUAAAGCGUGGUCGAGGGAAUGGCGGGGCAAACGGAAAAAUGUCUGACAGUCUAUACGCCCCUGGUGAUGAAUCCCGUCGACGUCGUCUAAGGCACAACCUGUACCACAAUGAACCAGGGAAAAACGAAGCCUAACAUGAGGAAGGCCAAUCAUUCACCAAUGCGCUUAUUUAGAGAAUUAUAUCCCUGCCAGUGGAUUGUAUGUUGUUCUACCGAUUGUCAUGAAAAACUUGUACCCGUUUUUUAUGAUGUCUGAUUCAUACAUAGUUGUGCUGAUUUUCGGUAUAUACGGCAAUUCUUUGCUUCUGGCAACACUUGUUUCGUAAUCCCCAUUCAUAUAACACUACCUCACCCAAA